AUGGAGCCAAGUAUUGGUCACCCCUUCAUCCCGAUUGUUCCUCGCUCCUCCGCGAACUCUGUCUCCGGUGCCCAUUCGGCUCCAACGAGUCAAUCAGUGGACACCUACGAAACCGCUCUGGUUACUCCAGCUUUCCUCAAGCCACCCAUCCAUCCACCUGCUGCUCGGGCCCCGCACGGAUCCCUCCUGACCGCCCGCCUGUCUCUCCACCACCAUCUGCCACCUAGGAGGGUCACUGAUCGGGUCCGUCUCUCCGCUCCACUCCCCCCGGCUAGAUCGCGGCGCUCGGCGAUCGGCAUCGAAACUGUGCCACUGCCUACGCCCCUUCAGGUGUCCGCCCUGGAUGGUGGCAACCUCCCGCAAAUUACCCACCAGACCGAGCCCCUGGAGGUCAUCAUUUCAGGUCACCCCUUCAUCCCGAUUGUUCCUCGCUCCUCCGCGAACUCUGUCUCCGGUGCCCAUUCGGCUCCAACGAGUCAAUCAGUGGACACCUACGAAACCGCUCUGGUUACUCCAGCUUUCCUCAAGCCACCCAUCCAUCCACCUGCUGCUCGGGCCUCGCACGGAUCCCUCCUGACCGCCCGCCUGUCUCUCCACCACCAUCUGCCACCUAGGAGGGUCGCUGAUCGGGUCCGUCUCUCCGCUCCACUCCCCCCGGCUAGAUCGCGGCGCUCGGCGACCGCCCGAGCCCGGCUGUACUUUCUUUCCCUGGCUGCGAGAACCAUAAAUCGCCUGAGAUCGGCUCGUGCUCCCCUGCUUUAAAAUAAAUAUCUGAAACUGCUCCGCGCCUCUUGAGUAUAUUCUGCAUGUGGUUUAGACA